AUGGCUUCGUUCUCCCGCAACCUGCUGCGCUCGGCGGGCAAGGCUAACGCCAUCCCCGCCCUCUCGCGCAACGCCAUCCCCUCGUCGUCGCGCUUCGUCUCGCUCACCGCCGAGGCCUCGCGCCCCGCACAGGAGGUGCCCGCCUCCAAGUCCGAAAAGUUCAAGGUGGACCUCAACGAGGACUCGUUCAAGGGCUACAAGUUCGACGUGCCCAAGCUCGAGUGGGAGACCUCCAAGGACGAGCUCAUCCACCUCUACGCCGAGAUGGUCAAGAUGCGCCGCAUGGAGAUGGCCGCCGACCAGCUCUACAAGCAGAAGCUCAUCCGCGGUUUCUGCCACUUGGCCAUCGGUCAGGAGGCCGUCGCCGUCGGCAUGGAGGCCGGUAUGAAGCCCUCGGACAAGCUCAUCACCGCCUACCGAUGCCACCCCUUCACCGUCCAGAAGGGCGGCACCAUCAAGUCGGUCAUCGCAGAGCUCUUUGGUCGCGAGGCCGGUAUCUCCAAGGGCAAGGGUGGAUCCAUGCACAUGUUCACCCCCACCUUCUUCGGCGGCAACGGUAUCGUCGGCGCACAGGUGCCCGUCGGCGCCGGUAUCGCCUUUGCCCAGCAGUACCUCAACACCAACGACGCCACCUUUGCCAUGUACGGUGACGGUGCCUCCAACCAGGGUCAGGUCUUCGAGGCCUACAACAUGGCCAAGCUCUGGGACCUCCCCUGCGUCUUUGUCUGCGAGAACAACAAGUACGGCAUGGGCACCUCCGCCGAGCGCUCCUCGAUGAACACCCAGUACUACACCCGUGGCGACGUGAUCCCCGGUAUCCAGGUCAACGCCAUGGACGUCCUCGCCGUCGCCGCCGCCACCAAGCACGCCUCGGAGUUCACGCUCGGCGGCAACGGCCCGCUGCUCAUGGAGCUCGUCACCUACCGCUACGGUGGCCACUCGCUCUCCGACCCCGGCACCACCUACCGCACGCGCGACGAGAUCCAGACCAUGCGCUCCUCCAGCGACCCCAUCCAGGGCCUCAAGACGCGCAUGCUCGACUGGGGCAUCGUCGAGGAGGCCGAGCUCAAGAAGAUCGACAAGGCCGCAAAGGAGGAGGUCGACCAGGCCGUCGAGGAGGCAAAGCAGUCCCCACAGCCAAAGGAGGAGACCCUCUGGACCGACAUCUACUACCCGGGCACCGAGCCCGACUGGAUGCGUGGCCGUGACCGCACCGAGAUCCACCGAUACCGCUAG